AUGCGUCACUUGAAGCAGAUUCUCCUCAGCCAUAGGGACAAGUUCGUUCGGGAUUGUUUAACGGCCAUUGCCGCAGCUGUCGCUGAACAACGCCCAGAUCUUGGCCCGGAUGUCUCUGGAUCCGCUCCUUUAUCCACUGCCAAGCGGUUUCGGUUUAUACUGUUGGUCUCGGAGAAUAAAGCGCGGCGCUCGCCUGGUCGUCCCCAGCAGACUCCUAGCAAGAAUACUGUCGAAUCCAAGCAGACCCGGUCUCCUCCUACCAAGGCUGACCCGUCGCCAUCCACCUCCGCGGCGUUGCGCAGGUUGGCUGCUGUGCGCCGGAUGCCGGUUGAUGCGCAUUCGAAUAAGGAGUUAUCCAAAGUUGGUACUCAUUUCCUUGGCUCCUGUCUCUUGCGUGUUCACGACUGGCUCAAGCCGGUGCUUCUGCCCCUGCAGGAUGUUGGUCUCUUCCCGUUUCUACCAAGGAGGCAAUGCUUGCAUCAAGUCUUCUUAUAUCAGUUCUCGGUGCCUGGACUGCCCUCAACGCAGAUCCGGAGUGCACGUACUAUACAUGACGUGAAAUGCAACCUGCGAGGGGAGGCGGGCAAGGCUUCGAGCAAGGAAGGCGCGCUCAACACUCAACAUGGCCAUAUAACGCUCGCAGCGAAACUGCCAGACACGUUGCCUGCGGUCUCCCACCUGCUCGCUGACAAGAACGGCUGGAACGUGUGGCUACAUAAAAUCCUUACGAGCCUGCGUUCCCACCGCGCCGAAGGACUUCUCGAUGCCAGCCUUCCUCGCUUGAGGCCUACAUCUCCACACUUUGACACCUGGGAACAGUGGUCACUUCUCGUCGGCGGAUGGCUGACGAAGCGAAUCGACCUAAUGACCCGCCCUAGCCGGUAA